CUGCGCCAAUCGCCAGGCAUUCACCGUCACUCCAUAAGCCAUCUCUCUCAUCGACCACUCCGCUCCAAGUCGUCGGUCAGCAUAGCCAUUAGCCAGUCAGGAUGGCGGAAGUUUCAGAAUUCGUAUAUGCUUAUUUCAUCAGCAAAGAAGCAAUUGUUCGGAUUAAACUCCCUAAGACACUUAAUAGAUCGUUCGAACACAAACCCAAAGUUGUUUUCUGUAAUUUACAUAAAACUCUUGCAGAAGAUAUGGGAGUCUUUAGCCACAAUCACAUUGUAUAUAUGGUUGGGGGCUUUCAUGGAUGGUCAUCACCAUAUGAAUAUGACAAUGUUUAUAUGUUUGAUCCAACCCAGUUUGACGAGCGGGAUUUUCCGGUUCCGGUUGAAAAUAUUGAACAACUUCCUUACUCAAAACUUGCACCCAUGGUUAAUCCUUUUGUCAUUCACAUUGAGGCUGGGUUUUACUUGCUCACAAUUACUGAUAGAAUAUGCAAGUCCUCUGGCGUGCCCUUUCCCUUGCGAUUUCAACACUUUGAUCCAACCCAUAAAGUGUUUGAAACCUGGCCACCCCCACCACUUUACCCACAGGAUUGUGAAACCUCCUCUCUUUUUCCCCCUCUACGCUGUUAUUUUUUAAUUAGAGGUUAUAUCUAUCUAUGUAUGGGAGGUCAAACUCGUACGCAUGCAUUUAAGUUCAACACCAUGAAAAUGGAAUCAGAAUGGGAGUGUUGCAAUGCCAUGUUGGAUACAUUUGACACGAAAUGUAUUUGCUUUCCCUUCGGUCAUUUUGGCAAUGUGGGGAUUUCAGAUGAAUUUGCUGAUGAGACUUGGAUUCUAGUCUUCCUUAAUUACGCUCAGCCCACUACAUACUAUGUUACCCUUCAUGAUGAUGGUUAUAUUGUGCCUAUAUCUUCCAGAUUUUGAUAUUGAUAUGCCUUACUCAAAGUCUUAUCUUAGACAUUUAUCUGAUAUGGGAGGUGGAAGAUUUUGUGUGAUACGCAAUUCUUUUUC